GCGUACCUAGCUGUUUGCUAUUGCUCUCUUGCGUACCACAGCGGCAAUAUAUUUUAUAUGUUGGGGACAGCUAAAUAAUUAGAACCAGCCAGUCCAACUACAAUUUGUGGCAAGAUUAACCGUUUGAAUUGAACUAUUUCUUACGAUGAGCAACAUAUUUUAAAGACUCAAUAAAAUAUUACUGCAAAAGAACCGGGGUCAGUGGUUCCAGCGGAAAAGUUCGAAUACGAACAAGAGCAGGCGAAGCAAGCUAAAGAACAACUAAACGGGAACACUGGUGGGCUACGUCACGUCAAUUCCUUCGAGCCAGUUGUUCCAAGUGUCAGCAUGACGAGCCAACUAUCCCAAGCAAGUUGUAUUCGAUGUAGAGGUGGAUUCAGUUCAGAUGAACAUAUGGUCAACUCUAAUGGGGAAAUAUACCAUGAAGAUUGCUUUGUUUGUGCACAAUGCUUCCAGAAGUUUCCAGAAGGAUUAUUCUAUGAGUUUGAAGGAGUAAAAUAUUGUGAGCACGACUUCCAUAUGUUGUUUGCCCCAUGUUGUGGAAAAUGUGAGGAGUUUAUAAUUGGGCGCGUGAUCAAAGCCAUGAACAACAACUGGCAUCCUGAAUGUUUCACUUGUAAAUUAUGCAACACACCUCUUGCUGAUGUUGGUUUUGUAAAGAAUGCAGGGAGAAGUCUUUGUAGACCUUGCCAUAACAGAGAGAAAGCUUUAGGGCUUGGGAAAUACGUUUGCAACAAAUGCCAUUCAAUCAUAGAAGAAGAACCACUUCGUUUCAAAGGAGACCCUUACCACCCUUUCCACUUCAACUGUGACAAUUGUGGAAAAGAAUUAACAGCAGAGGCACGAGAGUUACGAGGUGAACUGUACUGCCUGCCAUGCCACGAUAAACAAGGAAUCCCUAUCUGUGGAGCAUGCAGGAGACCUAUUGAGGAGAGAGUGGUCAGUGCAAUGGGAAAGCAUUGGCAUGUGGAGCACUUUGUAUGCGCACAGUGUGAGAAACCAUUCCUUGGACAAAAACAUUAUGAAAAGAAUGGUCACGCUUAUUGUGAGCUUCAUUAUAACCAACUCUUCGGGGACGUAUGCUAUCAUUGCAAUGGUGUUAUUGAUGGAGAUGUUGUUUCUGCCCUUAACAAAUCCUGGUGUGUGAAACACUUCCAAUGUACUUGCUGCAACACCAAACUAACACUCAAGAACAAAUUUGUGGAGUAUGACAUGAAACCAGUUUGUAGGAAAUGUUAUGAAAAAUUUCCACUCGAGCUGAAAAAGAGACUAAAGAAAGCUGCAGAGUCUGAGAAAAAAUAAUCUCAACUCACUAUGGGACUGUGACACCCAUUACCUGUACUCCAUGUAAAACACUGCACGUGUAUGGCUGGCAUAUUUAAAUCACCGAAUUUCUAGCCACACUGCUUUGUAUUUUUUAUGUUAUAACCAAGAAUGUAUUAAAACUAUGACGUAUGUAACACAUUGUUGUAACUUUUGCUGGUGACUUCCUAUUACUUGAUUAACUUAUUUUGUCAAAUAUUUUAUUAUCAAUGCUGCUGUUUCCACUUAACUCAAAAGCGUUUAUGAAAUCCUAGUUUAUAAAAACUGUUGUCAUUGUAACAUUUCUAUUACCCAGUUUUGUUAAGUAAACCAGCAUAACAAC